ACCAUGUCAAAACCGACGAAAACAACAUUAAGCUCCGGAAGGGAACGUAAACUUCACACAGCACGGAACAGCUGUUCCUGAAAAAGCGAGUAAGAUAAUAUUGCACCUUUAAUUAGAAUGCCAUGCCAAAAAAGAAAAAUGCAAUCUGCUGAACCCCAAGAGAACAAGAAACUGGCGGAUCCGAGCCUGUCGCCAUCUGAUAAACCCGGCCGAACAUCUCUGCGGCCCACGAGGUCCCAAAGGUCAGGAACGCCACAGGAUAUAGUGUCCGUCACAUCCAAAAGAAAAUCUUCCACACAGCUAAGAGAUGAUGUGGAAAACCCUCCUCGUCGCUCCUCCAGACUGAAAACCCCCUUAAAGAAGGUGACUGGAGUAAAAAGGAAAAAAAACUCAAUUAAACCUACAGUGGCAAAGGAACCAGGUUCCAAAAUUAGCAUUAAAGCACCAAACAAAGAUGGAGAUAAACUGUGUUUGACUUCACAUGUCCUUAAAAAAGGAUGGAGGAAAUAUUCUUCAAGACUGAAGAAGGAUAAAUGUCAGUCUCCGCUUUCGGAAGCAGCUUGCGCGGUGUCAGCAGUGCUGUACCCGGUGUUGAUAGAGCACAGCUAUGGUCAGCCUCCUGAUUCACACAGUGAAGAAACAACACUGCCAGACAAAAACAAGGCUGGAGGAAUCACCAUGUUCGGUCUGGAGCUGAACGAUGAACACGAUGCUGCAGUGUAUCAUCCCGUGGCUCAAGUGAGUCAGUACUCUGAGGCGCACUCUAAAACGACGCUCGAAGAACAGAAAGAACUCUCAGCUGACCCCUUGGGGACAAUGACUGUGAAUGUAGACGCUGGAGUAGGUGUGAUGAGAGAGUCUCUGAAUCAUUCGAGCAUCAUUCAAGAGUCUAGUACGGACAUACGUGACGGAGGUAGUGAAAACAUCUCAGAUAUUGAUGCGUUUGCCAAGGUGAAUACAUGUUUUCUACAGGAUACGCUACAGAAUCUGGGGGUCUGUGAUGCUCCAGACAUGACACAGAGCCCUCUGACCUCAGAAACACUGGACGAUAUCGAGAUUGAACACUGUGUAGUUGAGAUUGAAACGUUGGAAGAAGUGACCAGUGACCUCAGUGCCUUAGAUAAUAACGAGCAGCCCUCCCAGGACUUGCAGGAAUCAAUGGGACUCAAAGAAACCAGCAAAGCUGUGGUAUGCAAGGAGAGUACUUCAACUCCUUCUCUGCCACAAGACAGUGCAAAAGACUCCACACAAGGUUCUCUGGCACAGGCCAGUGCAGAAACUCCCAAGAAACAGGCAAUGAACCCUCAGGCCAGAACCAAGGCCCGUCUGGCAGCAAUGGCUAAGGAGAGAGCAGCUGCUGCCAAGAGGCCACCUCCCAAGCAGCUCAAUCUCCUAGCUCUGUGUGAGGAAAUCGCAGACGACAUAGCAUCCGACACAACGGCCGCGAAAGAAGAGAAUGUAGAGACAGAAGAAAGCGUGGAAUCCAGUGAGAUGAUUCAGACUAAAAACGAGGUAGAGGAUGCUACCAUUCCCACUGUUUCCAGUGACCUCCCCAUGCCAGAAACCUUCACUGAGGAGACGUUGGAGCCCAAGGCACACGAGAGUGCUCCUAAGAAACGCUUCUUCCUCAGCCAAGUGUCCAUCCCCCUUAAAACCCAAGAAAAAAAGAAGCUGUCCCGAUUCCAGAAACUGAGACAGGUUGAGCUGCAGAGGGACAAACUGACAUGGACACGUGUUAAAAAGCUGAAAUCAGAUCAGGCUAAUCAGGAUGAUGCAAAGGACUCAACACAGACUUUACCUGUUUCAGUAUCAACCAGCCAAGUCAGCCCUCCUCCUCCUCCUCCUCUUCCUCCUCCUCCUCCUCAUUCUCCUACGCAACUUGCUCCAGCGUGUGUGUUGAAGGUGAGAUCAAGUGAGUGCAGGAGAACACUUCCUGCUAUGGCACCACCCAUGCCCAAUGGUAUUACCAGUUUAAAACCUAGGCCUGUUGUGGAGUAUAAGCCAUAUAAUCCCAGACCAAAAUACUCGGCAGAUGACUUUGAGCUGGAUGAGCCAGGCGAGGAGAUUAGCAAGCCAGCUGUUCCCAAACAGGAGGGCCGAAUGGAGCAACCCUCAUCUUUGGCUGUGGAGUCUUCUAGAACACUGGAAAAGCACACAGGCAUCAAGACGUCUCCAGUAUCUACAGGUAUCAAGUCCUCUAACCAACAAGAUGGUUCUGAUAAAACCCCAACAGAAAAUUCAGACCACAAAAACAGGGGCAGCUGUGGCAGUGGGUCAGACACAGAGCUGAGGAAUGAGGUUACGAAUAAUUUAAGGACUACAAGUCUAGAAGGAGAGCAAAAAAACACCGACAAGAACCAGAAUGCAUUUGGAGCCACGACCUGUAACGUGUGUGGGAUGCUGUAUUCUCCUUCCACCACGGAGGACGAGACCCAGCACCUGCUCUUCCACAACCAGUUCAUCAGCGCUGUCAGAUAUGUGGGUUGGAAGAAGGAAAGGAUUUUAGGGGAAUAUCCAGAUGGCAAGAUUAUACUUGUUCUUCCAGAUGACCCUAAAUAUGCACUGAAAAAGGUGGAGGAGAUCAGAGAAAUGGUGGACAACGAUCUGGGAUUCCAGCAAGUGGAGACUAAAGUCCCUUCCCAGACCAAAACCUUCCUCUUCAUUUCAAAUGACAAGAAGGUGACAGGGUGUCUGAUUGCUGAACACAUUCAAGAGGGUUACAGGGUGAUCGAAGAGCCAGUGCCCGAAGGUUCGGAGAGGGAGAAGGUGAUGUUUGAGCGUCAGAGGGCCUGGUGUUGCUCUACUGUUCCUGAGCCAGCAGUGUGUGGGAUCAGUCGCAUUUGGGUAUUCAACAUGAUGAGGAGGAGAGGCAUCGCUUCACGAAUGAUUGAGUGUCUCAGGAACAAUUUCAUCUAUGGGUCACAUUUAAGCAAAGAUGAGAUUGCUUUCUCAGACCCGACGCCCGACGGCAAGCUUUUUGCUACACAUUACUGCGGAACCUCACAGUUUCUGGUGUACAACUUCAUCAGUGGGACACGUUUAAAGUGACAACGCUGAGAAACGGACCCUUUUACAAAGUCCAUGUGUCUCAAAUAUUACCACAGUAUAAGAACAGUUACAAGUGUUGCAUACGGACCCCAAAAAACAUGGAGCUACACCUGGGAAGAUUUCAACGACUUUUACUAUUAAGAGACUUCUUGUUAGCACGGUUCUUUAAAAAAAAAAAAAAGAAAACAAGAAAAAAAAAGAAUGUUGAUUAUGUUGGAUAAUUUUUUUUUUAAAAAUUUACAUAUUCUAAUACAAUUUCAUUUCAGAUCCCAAAGUGGUAUGGACAGGGAAAACUAAUCCCAGAUCAAUUAAAGGACAUGUUAUUAUAUAAGUAAGGUUUUUUAACCAGUGGAGAUUUCUGACCUGCCUUAUGCAAUUACGAUGUCUGCUCCAUCAAGGUCAUCUCAUACGGAAAUCUGCAUCGGGUAACACUCCACAGUAGCAUAUAGCUAUUGUUAAGUUUGGUGAAAAGCGUGUGCAGUUCUUCUCAGGUUUAGUUUAAAGACUUCCCAUAUCUUGUAGAAGCCAUUUUGUCUAGAGCACAGUUGCAAAAGCAGUGUUUCCUCUCAACACAGAGCAAAAUAUCUGAAAUAUACUACUGCAAACAAUGUGUCUCUCCUGAGGCUACCUUACAAUAACAAAACACUUCUUUUUCAUCUCAGGUAGUAUCAUCCAGCUAGUCUUUUGCGGCUAGAUUCAACCAAGCAUUUAGGUAUACACUGUAUGGCCAAAAGUAUGUGCCCCCCUGACCAUCACACACCAAUGUGUGCUCAUUCCAAACCCGUUAAUUAUUAGGAAUGACACAGAGGUGGAGGCCCCCAUUGCUUUAGACUAGAUUUUGGAACGCAGCCAAAGGGAUUUGUGUAGAUUCAGCCACAAAAGCAUGUCAGGUGAGAAGGCCUCCUGUGCAGCAGACUUUCCAAUUCAAUCCACUGGUGUUUAAUGGGAUUGAGGUUAGAACUUGGGAACACUCGAGUUACUCCAGUUUUCACCAAUCUACGCCUUUAUGGUCUUUUGCUUUGUGAACAGUGGCACUGACAUGCUGAAACAGGUCCAGGCCCUAGAGGUCUAGUGGAAAGACUUUAAAUAAGAGUAAAGGCUAUUAUAAUAGCAAUGUGGGGCUGACUCUGUGUUAAUUCUAAUAAUGUAAUGAGGUGUGAUGGUCAGGGGAGACCAUACAGUGUAUACCUAAAGGCUUGGUUGAAUCUAGUCCCUUUAGUUACAGAAUACAAAGACAUUCUAGACAAGCGUGUGCUUUCAACUUUUGGUGUGAUGGCCAAGGUGUCCAAAAACCUUUGGCCAUGAUGUGCAAGCAAUAUGUCUGUUUGCACCUGCAGUUUUCAGUGUUCACAUUACACAAGGGUAAAGUGGAAAAAGACAAAUGUCUGAAAAUAAUAAAUGACUUGUUUUUUUUGCACCAGCAAAACUAUUUCCACAUUCUAAACAUUUUAAUUCAUCUGGUUCUCUAAAUUCAGGUUUUCCUUCUCACAAAUUUUCACUAUUUCCAAAGCCAUAUUUAUGGUAUGUGUUGUGCUCUGUUUAGACUAUACUGAGAUUUACACUGAUCAGCCAUAACAUUAUGACCACUGACGUGAAGUGAAUAACACUGAUUAUCUCCCCAUCAUGGCACCUGUUGGUGGGAUAUAUUAGGUAGCAAGUGAACAUUUUGUCCUCAAAGUUCAUGUGAUGGAAAAAUGGGCAAGAGUAAGGAUUUGAGCGUCGAGUUUGACGAAGGGCCAAAUUGUGAUGGCUAGACGACUGAAUCAGAGCAUCUCCAAAACUACAGCUCUUGUGGGGUGUUCCCGGUCUGCAGUGGUCAGUAUCUAUCAAAACUGUUCUUUAAGUCCUGUAAGUUGUGAAGUGGGGCCUCCCUGGGGCCUGAAACUUAGAGGACUUAAAGGAUCUGCUGCUAACAACUUGGUGCCAGAUACCACAGCACACCUUCAGGGAUCUAGUGGAGUCCAUGCCUCGAUGGAUCAGGGCAGCAAAUGGGGAACCAGCACAAUGUUAGGCAGGAGGUCAUAAUGUUAUUCCUGAUAAGUGUAUAUCCAUGGCAGUGACAGCAAUAGAGAUCAUUUUCAUCAGUUCAACAUUCAGAAUAUCACAGAGUUUUAAGUUCAUUUCAGAAAUGUGGUUUUGUCAGUAUAUUUUAAUCUAAUUUUCGUUUCUAAUAUUAGUUGUGUAGAAAUAACUGAUCAUAUUUAUUUUUGUUAACUAAAAAGCUUUCUCCAGGCUAUAACCAGAAAGAACUGAACAUUUGAAAUGAGCCUCAGGCCCUCAGUGCCACAUUUUCAGCAGCACUGGAGCUGAACUGCUUUGUGUAAGGCCAGGACUUGUCACAGUGACUGGUCACCCUGUAUUCUCACUGCCCUACACUCAACAGUAUGCUUGAAACAAUCUGUUCUUUAUACACUACCAAACACAUCACUUGAUAAGCUAACUGCCUGAAUAUCCGUCCUGUGAAUCAGAGUGAAUGUCCUGACUGGGAUCUCAGCUACAGAUAAUAAUAUCACUGAAAAUAACUUCAUCACUGGCAGAAAUUGUGCCUUAGCAGGUUAAGUUCCUCAGGAGCCCGGGUUUCCUUUCCACUGAGGAUCAGCAUCCGCUAAAAUAUGCCACAAGUCAAGGUUCGUGUGAUUAAAGAGAAAUUAGAGUCCAAUUUUUUCAUCUAAUAGGAAAAUAUUACUAUUAUACUCCUUUAUUAUUGGACUUUUUUGAUGCACAGCAAAAUGAUACGUGCCCUCGAGAAUGAUUGAAAUAAACAAAUAAAAUUUAAAAAAGU